GAUACGCCUCGGAUUACUCCGACUCCCUCUCCACUGUCACGGACGUCCAUUACGACGCGUGCACCUCCAUUGACCCUAUGGACAUCGCCACGAAAGACAUGGACCUUUCCCCAGGAAGAAGAGUCGUCUACCGUGCUGGAUCUGCAGGGCCGCUGUCGAAGGAGCAGGAUGACUUGCUCGACGAGCCCCUCAGCCGCUCAGCAAUUGGUGCAACCCAGCGAGGCUACUGGGGCUCUGCGGAUGAGUCUUCCAUG